CCUCGGCCUCCGAGGACACGCUAGAUCUGGAAGCGAUCGGAGAGCAGCUUCAAUCGACCGCGGAGAUCGCGAACGCACGAAGAAAGCGAAAUCCGAAUGCGCCAACUGCUGUGGUUCCUCCAUCCGUCUUCUUCACGCCGGCGUACGCCCUUGGGUCCGCCUCAGGAGGAGAACAACAACGUCCAGUCAUUGCCGCGUCGACGGUAGCAGAGUUGGACAUGAAAAUCGGUGUGCACGAGCAUGGUAGUGGUACAACCCAGACGAGUUCAGACGGGUCUUCACCUCCAAGAACAGGCGCACAACAAAACGAUGCUCAAACUACAGAAGAUCAGCACGGUCCUCGAACGAUGGGUGUGCAGUUGACGUCGCGAGCAACGAACCAUGAAGAUUUUGAAGCCUCGGGUCCUGCUCAGUGGCGAAAAUAUGAUGGAACAGGAUCUUCAUCUUUUUACAACAAUUUCUACCCGUCUGCACGAGGGACAGGAAACCCGAUUGGCGCAGAACAAGAUAACUCCAACAACUCGUACUAUAGUUCUUCCCGCAAGAGUGGCAGCGGGCCUUGGUCGUCGUACUACAGCAACGACUGGGAGUCGUGGCAAGCGUGGCGAAAGAAUACCUUCUGGAAACCGAAGCGUCGUAGCUCGUGGUCUGGUGUGGUGGAUUCAGGCUUAACACGAGGCCCUCAAGGACCCGACGGAAAGACAACGACUUCAAAGAAGCACUCAACAUGCCCCCGAUCGGACUGGGACAGCGAGGACAUCACCUCCAAAGCCACGGGUUGCGACACCUCCAACACCACAGGUGAAGAAAA